GGAUUUCCCUUGCCGUCCUCUAAUCAUGGCUGCCGUAGAGCAUGGUAUCGAGGCCACCCUCCCGGCUCUCGCUACCGAUACUCCCGUUACAACUGGUCCUGUGGCUGGACAGGAUAAAGUUGUCGGCCAGUCUGAGAAAGCCCUUACUGACACUCCCGACGGGGAAGAACCGAACGACCACGAGAACAAGACUCUGCGUCAUGUUGCCGAAAACCUUCCACUUUCCGCUUGGCUAGUUGCUAUUGUCGAGCUGUGUGAGCGUUUCACAUACUAUGGCAUGUCUGGAUUAUUCCAAAACUACGUUCAGCGUCCCUAUAACGGUGGUGCGCAACCCCCUGGUGCGCUCGGUAUGGGGCACCAGGGAGCUACCGGAUUGGUUACCUUCUUCCAGUUCUGGUGUUACGUGACACCUAUCAUUGGUGCGAUCAUUGCCGACCAGUAUCUCGGCAAAUACAAGACCAUCGUCCUCUUUUGCGGCGUCUACCUCGUUGGUCUGCUGAUCCUCGUCUGCACGUCGAUUCCAACCGCCCUUGAACAUGGAGCUGGGCUUGGAGGCUUUAUCGUUGCCAUUCUCAUUAUCGGUUUGGGCACCGGUGGAAUCAAGAGUAACGUUGCUCCAUUGAUUGCGGACCAGUACAAGCGCAAGAAAAUGGCUGUCUCAACUACCAAAAAGGGCGAAAAAGUCAUCAUCGACCCGGCGCUUACGAUUCAACGCAUUUACAUGAUCUUCUACGGCUGCAUCAACAUCGGUUCGCUUUCGCUGCUGGCUACCCCUUACAUGGAAAAGUACACGGGAUUCUGGUCGGCUUACCUGCUGUGCCUUUGCAUGUUCGCCGUUGGCACGGCCGUUAUCGUCUUGGGACGCAAGUACUAUGUUGUCCGUCCUCCACAAGGGUCUGUCAUUACCGACGCAUUCAAAGCUCUCUGGAUCAUGGUUGUCAACCGCAACAUGGAUGCACCCAAGCCUACAUGGCAGGCUGCAAACGGUGGAGGCAGAACCAACCUGCCCUGGGACGAUCACUUUGUCGACGAGCUGAAGCGCGCCCUUGUCGCUUGCCGCGUCUUCGCCUUCUAUCCGAUCUACUGGGUCGUCUAUGGUCAGUUCUCGAGCAACUUUGUCAGUCAGGCUGCUCAGAUGCAGGGGCACGGCAUCCCUAACGACUUGAUGCAAAACUUUGAUCCGAUUUCCAUCAUUGUGUUCAUCCCCGUUCUGGAAUCCCUGGUAUACCCCGUUCUACGUCGCAUGCGCAUCCGGUUCCGCCCAAUCUCCCGUAUCUCGCUCGGCUUCGUUGUUGCUUCCCUGGCCAUGAUGUACGCUGCUAUCGUUCAGCAUUUAAUCUACUCGGCUGGCCCCUGUUACGAGCAGCCUCUUUGUGAUGCUUCCAUUGGUUCCGAUGGUUCGACCUCAGGCAACAACGUCCACAUUGCUAUCCAGACGCCCGCCUACUUCUUCAUCGGUAUUUCUGAGAUCUUCGCGUCGGUUUCUGGUCUGGAGUACGCAUACACAAAGGCGCCGCCAUCCAUGAAGUCUUUCGUGCAGUCUAUGUACCUCUUGACUAAUGCCUUUGGCUCUGCCCUUGCCGAGGCCUUGACGCCCGCUGCAUUUGACCCUGCUAUUAUGUGGAUGUUCGUUGGGUUGGCCAUCGCAUCGUUUGUUACCGGUAUUCUCUUCUACAUCAUCUACCACCCGCUUAAUGCCCAAGAAGAUGCUAUGAACGCUCUUGAUGCCGACGACCCCGAUGUUCCGGUUCCGCGUAUCUCCGAUGAGAAGAAGAAGGAAGAAAACUAG